CCGUGGUCGCGUCAGAAUCUUUGGCUCGUGAGCAAGGAGUCGGAGACUGGCGAACGCCGCACCGAGUACUUGGCACGGGGACUGCGAGGUGCAAUGAUGAAACGAACGACAGGCACGCGCUUGCAGCUGGACGCAUUCUGGGCCGCGUUUUCGCUGGAUGACUUUUGCAAAGGUAUCACCGUAAAUGACUACGAGCUCGAAUCGUCCAACAGCGGUGGCGCCUUUACGUGGAGCUCCGCUUCGCGCGCGCGAACUAACAAGGACAGGAAUCGCGCCUUCCUGAACGAGGAGGACUGGGAGGAAGUGCUUCCGGCCUCUGGACACCGAGAAGACCUCGCGAUCACGCGGCAGGUCCCGAUCUGCGCAGGACCGAAGGAAGAAGGAAGCAAGGACGAUCUUACCGGCCGAUUCGUGAUUCGCCCGGGGGAUCAGCUUCAUGUCUCCUGUGAUUUCGUAGAUGCCUACGCGAGCGGGGAGGAGGAGGAGCAGCCUGAGGGUGUGCAGCACGUUACGCUUUCGGCGGAUCACGGGCGACGGAAUCCGGCAACCACAGUUGUUCGAAUCCCAGAGGUGAAAUUCCACAUUCCGCCAGUUUUUCUUCAUUAAGGCUUUAGUGCAUGGAACUCUUGCCGGAGGCUCUGCCUCGGAAUUCUAACCCGUUAAUUUUCCUUCGCCUUACUCCCUUCAUGAUAUAUAGGUGUGUUUAUGAAUGUUUCGAAAAAACCUAGAUGUCCAGAUCAUCUAUGACUCACGCCUACAACCGGAUAGAAGAGGGCUGAGAUGUGCGUGUGUCUAUGUACAAGGUGAUGAUGCUUCAGAAAGCUCGAAAUUUGUUCGGCGGCGGCAGGAGGCAAGCCUAAAAGCUUGAAGCACGGAGCCUCAGAGGACGACGAGGAGUAUCAGCUUUCGAAACAAGAAGAGAUCGCCACCGGUGUUGUCGGCAACGCUGCGGGUCGGCGUAAAAAAAAGGUUCCACCGCCGAAGCUUCGACUCCAGUAUUUUUUUGGCGAGGACGGAGCCGGCUCACAAGCAGAUGGGCUUAGUAUUACUGGGAAGAUCGACGCUUCGCGAGAGGAUACACCCUGGUGCGCUGCCGGCGAAGACGAUUUUUCUAGGUCCGGCACCGUGACCACAACGACGAGCGCGCCCGUGCUGCAGCGGAAGAACGCUGGCGACGCUAACGCGCCAGCGCGUCUGGUGGUCUUUCCCGGAGGCCCGACAGAGCACCCGAACUUCGUUGCAGAGGAACACG